AUGGCAGGCGAUGGGCCCCCGAAGCUCAGUCGCCAUGCGCAGCGGCGCCGCGAGCAGGCUAAGGACUGGUGCUGCAAGUACUGCAUCCACCCGAUCUCGCAGAACCAGUGGUGGAAUCGGUCCGACACGGUGUCGUGCACCAAGUGCGGGUCGGCCAAGGCCGUGGCAUUCAUGUGUGUUCGCCCGCCGCCUGGACCGUCCACCAAGCGUGCCAAGCCGCCAGCUGCGAACUCAGGCAGCGGCUCCGCUGCGGUGCCGCCGUGGGUUAACGACAAGCUGGAGGCCCUGGCAAAGGAGUUGGCCAGCACCAAGGCCAAGCUGGCUGAGACCACCAGCAAGCAGCACGCGCCGUCCAUGGAGGUCGACGAGGGCGCAGAGCACUGUGAGGGCCAGGGUGACUCCUUGGACCAGAAGAGGGCGCGCCUUGAGGAGGUCGACGCUGCGCUGCGGGCCAUCGCCGGCUCCAGCGAGGUCCUGUUCGAGACGGCCCGGGUCGAGCUGGAGGACACUCGCAAGAAGCUCAGCGCGGAGCUGGCCGCUGCGAAGCCCGUCCCAGCGCAGCUGCGCACCCUGUCCUUCAAGCUGGGCAAGCUCGAGCAGAAGCGCGCCAAGCAGGAGGAGGCCCUGCAGGCAGCCAAGGACAAGGUCGUGCAGGCCAACAAGGAGGUGGAUGAGGCCACGCAGCAGCUCGCCGAGUCCGACGCGGCGAUCUUGGAGCUCCAGCAGGAGCAGACGCGGCUCGCCGCCACGCUCCCUCGUCCACCAGCUGGAGGCGUCUCGCCAAAGGCUGACAUCGUCGAGGGGCUCGGCGUCACCAUCGAGAAGCUGGGCGCGAUGUUGGCGGAGCUCGGCGACAGCGGGGUGCUCGCGGAGAAGCUUGGCACGGUGCUGGGCGAGGUCCGUGAGUACGAGCAGCGUAAGGUCGAGGCCGCAGCGCAGGAGGCCAAGGCUGCGGCCGAGGCAAGGGCGACCCAGGCCAAGGCUGAGCCUGUGCCCAGCCAGGGCGCCAAGGAGUCGGUGGCAGGCCCUGACCUCCCAGACCCCGACACGGCGACCGAGGAGGAGCUGCGCGAGUUCCUCUCCAGCUCGGGCGUGGACCCGUCCCAGGAGUGCGAGGAGCUCCGCGGCCAGGUGCGCAAGAUCACCGACGCGCUGGGCGGCUGGCGCGAGGUCAAGAGGGCCAAGGCCAGCGCUGCCCGCAGCAUGCGGAGGGCCCAGCUGCUGGAGCGCGUUGGAGCGCGCGAGCAGGCCUUGACUAAGGCGAGAGCGCGCCAGCGCCGAGGCAAGGCCUCCAGCAAGCAUCGAGCUCUGGACCCUGGCUGGCAUGGAGUCUGGAGCUCGGCCACCAAGACGGGCAACCAGGAGGGCACUCAGGCGGGCCUGGCCAUCCUGGCGAAGGGAGACGUGCUGGUCACGGCCCCCCCAGGGCGCUCGACGCCCCACAUGGCGAAUGGGAGAGCGCUGGCAGCCCACGUCCAUUGGGGGGUGCCUGGAGGAUUCAUUGUGAUUUCAACAUAUCUUUAUGUGAAUGAAGGCCUCUCUGAUAAUAACGUUCGCAUCUUGGCAGAGAUCUGUGAAUACAUUGAAGUUGUCAACGCGAUGGGUCUUGAUUGGAUCGUCGCGGGAGACUUCAACCUGGAGCAGGCCGAGUUCGGAGACAUGGCUGUGCUGCUAUGCCAUCAGGAGCGGGCGGGUACGAUGUCCAGCAAGGCUUUCGACAAGUUUGCUCGUAUGCUAGUGGACAUCACCAAGUUCAUGACAAGGAUUCGCAACGAUCCUUUACGCGACGCCUUGGAUGAUGAUGCUCGGAACUUCUUCGACAUGGACAUCGGUUUCGUCACCAGUGGUCGUACGAAUGACAUGAUUGAGAGCAUCAUCGGUCGAGCGGACGAGUGCCAGAAGCGCCAGAAUGCGCAGCCAUUCAAGAUGGCGGACAGAGCUAUGCGAGAGUGGGACGCCAUAUGGCACAUGCAUGAUCUUCCUGAGCCAGUACCUCACGCAUCUGAUCAGUGGGACGACCUACCACAUAUAUCCCUGGACGAUAUCAAGCGUGCGAUCCUGCAGUUCCCCUGGACCACGGGCAUCGGGCACUUCGAGUUCGCGCCCCGCGCGUUCUGGUUCGUUUCGGACGCCGGCCUGGAGUCGCUGGUCGGCACCGAGGCCCACCAGUGGUGGGGUUGCGAGGGCAUGCUUGAGUGUAGCCCUGAAGAAGCUUUGCCCGACGACGUUUUGGAGCACCGUGCCAGCUUGGUCAAGAGCUACCAGACAGACAAUGGCAAGGAGGCCUUCUUUUUAAAUUAUGGGCUGCCGCCCUUGCCGCCCUUUCCAGAGCCAGUCGCCGACUCGCUUCCGACGAUGGGGUGGGGUGACUGGCGGGGAGCUUGGGGGCCGAGGGUGUACACGGACGGGUCAGGCCUGGCGAAUUCGAUGGAAGGCCUGACGCGCUGCGGCUGGGCCGUGGUUCAACUUGAUGAGUCAGGCUGUGUUGUUAGAGCGAUCUACGGCCCGCUUCCUGGCAGGCUUCAGACCGUCCCUAGGGCGGAGCAUUAUGCCGCCCUGCGAGCCAUCCAGAUCGCAGCGCGCCCAGCUGAGAUUGUGUCUGAUCAUCGCAGUUUGGUGAAGGCAGGCCAGCAGCUCUCUUCUUUGUGUGAAUCUGGUGCUUCUCGUCAGGCGUUUAUCUGGAGGCAGAUAAGGCACGAUAUUGGACAGUCGGAGCCUCCCCUCUUUCGCUGGACGAGCGCCCAUCGUUCCCUGGACGACGUGCUGCCCCUAGGGGCGGCCGAAGUUUUUGACUUUGUCGGAAACGAAUGGGCCGAUUAUUUUGCUAAGUUGGGCUCGCAGUCCCAUGCUGUGGCGCAGGUCCUAGUUGAUGUGCACAAAUCCAGAUUGCAGGUCGCUCGUAAGGACGGUGAGGCCUUCGCCUGGAUGGUCCAGGCGGCCGCGCGGAAGGCGGAGCAGCUGCAGCCAGCUGCCGACGCCCCAGCGCCCCGCAAGGCCCCCCCCGCUCUUUCGCUUGCUGUCACAUCCCACACGAUGAUGUUCAGUAAAGCUAUUUCUGAGUACAGGUGUUUGUUGUGCAACCGUUUCGCUCGCACCACCCUGUCAUAUCGUUUCUUGCGUAACUCGGCCUGCGUUCCCUCGGCCCUUCAGCGGGCCACGGCAGAGCGUUUCUUCAGGUUGACCCCCCAGCACUACGUGUCAGACUCGACACCGUCGGUGCAGGUGGCGGUCGAGGCCGCAGGCGGGGACCGUGCGGUGGUGCUGCACGAGGACAAGAAGUACUACCCGGACGCGGAGGAGGUCUACCCAGGCGCCGAGACGCUCGUGCAGAUGGAGGACACGCAGCCCCUCACGGAUCCCAUCAUCGCCCCAGUCAAGUCGAAGGACUUUGAUCUGCUGGAGAAGUCGAUGCCAGAGACCACCUUUGACUUCAACUUCCUCGCGGGGAUGAUGGAUAAGCCAGGCCUUGUGCGCAACAUCUGCUUCCUGGGCGCGAUGCAUCACGGGAAGACGUUGUUCAUGGAUCUGCUGGUCAUGAACACGCAUGAGAAAGAUUGGAAGAUAAACAAGGAGGUGCGCUACACGGACUCCCGGCAGGACGAGCAAGACCGAGGUGUCACCGUCAAGAUGACCCCGAUGUCGCUGGUGCUUCAG